CUCCCGGCCCCGCGGACGUGGGCGAAGCGCCGCGCGAGCACCCCUUUUCCCAGACUGCUCCUGCAGGGGAAGUACGUAAAUGGUCUUGCCCAGGUUGGGGCAGGCAGAAGGCCUGGCAAACCCCAAAGAGUACCCGCAGCCGGUUGGGGACGCCAAAGGGCAACGUCAGCGUCGUGGUUUUGUUGAAGCCCCAAAGAACCACGCAGGGCUGGGAUGCUGUCGUCGGGGCCGGAAGGUGAAAAUCUUUAAGGUCAAUGAAAUUAAAGUCGUUUAGGCUUCAGCUGUAUUCCUGGGCUCGAGAAAUCUCGUAGAAUCAGUGUGGACUCAGAGGGGAUUAGAUUAGCCGACCGAGCCCCCUUUCCAGCCUUUAGGUUCUGUGAGCAGAUCUAGAGCCUAAAGAGGUAACUGGGCAUAAAUAAGCUUGGGAACACGGUUUCGAUAAAAACGAGCGUGGACAUAUGUUUAACUGAAUCCUCACAACUUGUUUCUGUUGUUGUUCCCAAUUCACAAAUUAGAAAAUAAGUCUGUGAGGAGCUAGAGACUAGAUCUUGCUCAUUUUUGUAGCCUCAGCAUCCAGAGUUCAAAUAAAUUUGAAGUGAAGGAAUGAAUGAGGCCUCUAAGGAUUAUCACGUGCCCACAGUCACUCGGAUAGUCGUGCUGGAACCCGGGUCUUCUUAUCCAGGUGCACUGUGCUUAUUCUGAUUACCACAUGCUUAUCCAACCAAAAACUAGGUCAUAAUAAUCACAGACCCUACUCAGAUCCUGUCACAUUAGCUAGUGCUGCUAUAAUAGAAGGACCACAAAUGCUUGGCUUUAACAAACAGAAACGUAUUUUCUCACGGUUUUGGAGGCUAGAAGUCCGAAUUCAGAGCGCCAGCUCAAGGGGUAGGCUUUCUCUCUUCCCCGACUCUGAAGGAAGGUCCUAGUCUCUUCAGCUUCUGCUUCCUGGUUCUUCGGAGAUCUCCAAGUGGCUUGGCAUCUGUUUUAUCCCAUCUCUCCUUUUGCUUGCUUGUUUAAUCUCCUUAAUGUCUCAAAAAAGAUUGACUCAAGACACACCCUACACUAAUCUUGUCUCAACAAAGACAGCCCAUUCCCAAAUGGGAUUAUAAUCAUAGGCAUACAAACUAGUAUUUACAACACAUAUUUUUGGAGGCCAAAACUCAAUCCAUAACAGAUCUCGCUUAAAAAAAAAAGUCACAUUUGGAAGAACAUGACUUGUUUGUGAGGCCAGUUUUUGUGACCUCGUAACUUUUAUGUGUGCUCAGCCCAAGUAAACAAAUGUUCAUGAAUGCUACUGGCAUGGCCUGAAUAAAGUACAAAAAUGUUUGAUUCCUAGAGCUCAGCUACUAGGGAAAGAUUGGCAGCUUGGACCCACCCUAUAGCCUCAAGGAAGAAAGGCCUGGUGAUCUGCUUCUGUAAAAUAUUACAGGCAAGAAACUCAGCUCAGUUCUACUCUGAACACAUGGGUCUCCAUGAAUCGGAAUCGACUUCACAACAACUUUUUUUUAUAGUUAGUACCUGGCACGAAAUAGAAAUCAAUACUUGUUCCGGAAUUUGUAAAGAACCUUAUGUAUCAUUCCCUCCUUCCUGGCUUUACUGUUCCCUGUGUUCUGCAAUGGAAGCCACGAGGGGUGUCACUGAACCAUCAGUCACUGUCUUAUUCACACAUAGCUUGUGCCAAACAAAAGCUUUACAUUCGGAGGUGAAGUACCAUUGCAAAACAUUUUGUAUUGAGCACAAACAUGUUUUUUCCUAAAAAAAAAAAAAAAAAAGAAGUCUCUCAUUCUUUUCCAUUUACUCGAUGAAGUAAAUAAGGAGCAUUACAGUGUUCAGAGGUCAUUUAACAUGAUCACAAAUUGAAGGCAAUUUAAAAUUCUUUGGUUAACUGGAGUACAAUUUCUAGUUUAAUUUUUGCUCUCCUGUCUUAGGGUUCUCUAGAGAAAAAGAACCAGUAAGAGAUUUACUUCAAGGGAUUGGCUCAUGUGAUUGUGGAGCUGACAAGUCCAAAAUCCAAAUGUCAGGCUUCAGCCUGGAGAUUUCUUCAGGCUUUCAUCCCAUGAUCUGAAGGGUCAGGCGAAGAGAGAAAGGGAUCUGCCAAAAUGUCUGUCUGUAGUCUGGUGACAAACCACACCCUAGGGAAACUCUCCAUCCAACUAAUGAUUGAUUGCAUUAUGGAAGGUGAUUUAAUUACUUUAGAUUAGACAGCUAGUCUGUUGUUAGGUGGCCUCGAGUUGGUUCCGACUCAUAGUGACCUAUGUACAACAGAAAGAAACACUGCCUGGUCUUGUGCCUUCCUCACAAUUGUUGUCACCACUAUGUCAAUCCAUCUGUUGAGGGUCUUCCUCUUCUUCGCUGACCCUCUGCUUUACUAAGCGUGGUGUGCUUCUCCAGGAACAGGUCCCUCCUGAUAACACGUCCAAAGUAGUGAAACACAGUCCUUCUUCCAAGGCAGAUUUGUAUGUUCUUCUGGCAGUCCAUGGUACAUUCAAUAUUCUUCACCAAUACCGUAAUUCAAAUGCGGCAGUUCUCCGGUCUUCCUUAUUCAUUGUCCCGCUUUUGUAUGCAUGUGAGCCCAGUGAAAAUACCAUGGCUUGGGUCAGGUGCACCUUAGACCUGAAAGUGACAAUCUUUUUAGAAGUAGAUUGCCAGGUUCCUCUUCCUAGUCUUAGUCUGGAGGCUCCACUGAAACCUGUCCACCAUGGGUGACCUUGCUGCAGUGGUGUCACUAGGUUUGAUGCCACCCAGUGCAGUAACUCAUGGUGUUACCCCCCGCCCCAUGGGCCUCCUCCGUACCAGGUUCAAAAAUACUAAUUACCACAAUAUUGUAGCUAAAACACCAGAAAACUUGACAAAGCCAGCGACUAUAGAACACCGGCAGCAACAGCGUGUGCUUGUGGCACCUGCAGACGAAACCACGUGAUUCGAAGCGCCAUUGUGACUGGGUAAUAAGGACAGCUCUGACCAGAGCGCAUUAGAAGGUUCAAAAAAUAAAUUAGCAUAGAAGCUACUCCAUGUAAGCUGGGCUUACGAAAAGUGUGUUAUUGUUAUGACUAAUUACAGGGAUAUUUUUAUAAAAAAUAAAUUUCUACUGAAACACUGCACAAAAUUUUAUAGACAGUCAUUUUGGUGUCACCCCAGGUGGUCUGCAGCCCUCACAUCACCCUCAUGAUGCCAGUGCCCUGCUGAUCGUUGCAAUACCAGUGGCAUAGCUUCCAUCAUCCCAGCAACAUGCAAGCCAUCCGUGAUGGUUAAGGUUGUGUGUCAUCCUGGCUGGGCCACGAUUCUCAGUGGUUUGGCAGUUGGAUGAUAAUGUGAUCACUUCCAUGAUGAGAUUUGAUGUAAUGUGAUCACCUCCUGCAGCUGGCUCCUGUUCUUUUGGCCUCCCGUUCUUGGGACAUGAGCUUACAGCUUCCCUGCUGUCUUGCCUGCCGAUCUUGGGAUUCAUCAGUCUUUGCAGCCGGGAAGCCAGAGCCCUGCUGUCUGACUUGCCGAUCUUGGCUUAGCCAGCCCCUGUGGCUACCUGAGUCAGGAGAAGCCUCUAGCCUGACCCACGUUCCAGCCUCUACAACCACCUGCAAGAGGUGACUUCUGCCAACAGCCUGAGGGAACUUGGAAGUGGAUUUUUCUCCAGUUGAGCCUCUGAUGAAACCACAACCUUGGCCAACACCUGGAUGAUCCAACACCUGGUGAGACUUGGAGAGAGAGAACCCAGCUAAACUGUGCCUGACACCUGACCCAUGGAAGCUCCAGUCAGCUGCAGCUUCCUGGGAAGAAAAAGCCAAAAGGAGAAUCAGCCCUUGUGGAUUCAUGAGUCACUUGCUACGCAGGCUGUGGAGCAUCCAAGAACAGGCCUUUCUACCUCUGGGAAAAAGAGAAAUAUAGACUACAAUGAUGGAGACCCUCCAGAUGUGCACAAGAAGCUGCCAUCCAGUGCUGGAGAGGAUCGAGCCAUGCUCCUGGGAUUUGCAAUGAUGGGCUUCUCCGUCCUAAUGUUCUUCUUGCUUGGCAUAACCAUCCUAAAGCCCUUCAUGCUCAGUACUCAGAGAGAAGAAUCAAACUGCACCAUCACCCACACACGUGUCAUGGACGACUGGCUGGGCCGUGCUUUCACCCGUGGUGUGGACUCCCGAAGUCAGGGGAAAUACCCGUGUCUCCAGGUGUUCGUGAACCUCGCCCACUCGGGUCAGAAAGCUCUCCUACGUUAUAAUGAAGAGGCUGUACAGAUCAAUUCCAAGUGCUUUUACACACCUAAGUGUCACCGAGAUAGGAAUGAUUUGCUCAACAGUGCUCUGGAUAUAAAGGAAUUCUUCGAUCACAAAAAUGGGACCCCUUUUUCAUGCUUCUACAGUCCAGACAGCCAAUCGGAAGAUGUCAUUCUCAUAAGAAAGUAUGACCAAGUGGUUGUCUUCCACUGUUUAUUUUGGCCUUCACUGACUCUUCUAGGGGGUGCCCUGAUUGUUGGCAUGGUGAGAUUGACACAGCACCUGUCCUUACUGUGUGAAAAAUAUAGCAGUGCAGUCAGAGAUGAGGUAGGUGGCAAAAUAGCCUACAUAGAACAGCAUCAAUUCCAGCUGUGCAGUAUGAGGGGGAACAAAGGAAGGAGCAGAGAAACUAUAAGAGGGUGGCCAGAUUAAAGGCCUGGCCUUCGGGUACCACUGCUGCAGUUAAGGACUGAAUUAUGCCUGCUAGCAAACUGAUCAUGUCGAGGGUAAUUAAAUUAUCCUUAUUUUUAUGUAGGAGAGAAAAGUUUUUAAAACUUCAUUACAUAUUACAUCAUUUUUAUGAAUCCAUGCAAACUUUCUAUCUUUCUACUCCAAAUCUCUUUCCAUAGGAACCAAAGAAGCAUUUUUUUUUUGUUCUUGCAUGGCAAAGUCAGCUCAGGGUAGUUGAGUUUCAUCUAAUUUAAGUUCAAGCUAGAAUCUGUAAUGUAGACAUCAACGGUGAGGGCAUCUACUGCUAUUGAGUGCUGACUACACACCAGCCUAACUCUAUGCAACGUAGUUCACAUUAAAACAUUUCUCAUAAAAAAAAAAAAAAAUCUUAGUGAAGAACAGUUCAUUCACUGUAGGGCGAUAAAAAUCUUUUAAUUUAAGAAAAAUGUAGCCCUGCCGUAUCUAUUAUAAUUGUUCUUUCUUUACUGUUCAUGAUAGAGGAAAGCUGUUGCCUGGAAAAUUCACUAAGUUUAGAAUUAUUUAUAUUUAACCUUGCCACGCAUCAUGUAAUUUUUCUUCGGCAGCGUUUUUUGAGUUAAUUAUGCUUUUCAUAAACUCAUUUUUUUCUCUGUGUGCAUUCUGGUGGGCGUGGAGAAAUGGCUAGAAAUAUAUUGUUAAGUGGGAAAAGCAAUACUGGAAAUCAACACUCAUCCCAGAUAAUCCACACUGUAGAAAAGUCCCACAUGGACAGCCAACAACUGUACUUUAAUUCAUGAAUCAAACAUGGUUAUUAAAUACCAAAUGUCACAAGUCCCUCUGAACAAGUGCUUUCUGGGUAAAUUAAGCUGAACAUACGAGUUGAAAACAGAGUCUGUUCUGCUUUCCACUGUGCCUUAAAGUAUCUUUAAAACUUUACUAAACAAUCUUAAAUUGUGGACAACAGAAUGAGAUUUCUGAAGCAACUUUUACAUGUAAGAUAUAAUCAAACUACAGACUUUGGUUCUAGGCCAGUUUAAUGCUUUUUAACAGUUAAUUUCAAGUAAUAAAUUGCUAAAUAAACUGAAUAAUUAAAUACAGCAAUAUCGACUAACGAACAAUCUUGGUGUUUCUCUUCUUUCUAGUGUGGAAUGGAGAGAACAUAUGUCUCAGAGUAGGACUUACUUGGAUUUGUAGCUCACAUUGCAACUUUUUAGAUAAGCAUCCUUGGGCAGGAGCCCUGGUGGCUCAGUGGUUAAGUGUUUGGCUGCUAACCAAAACAUCUGCAGUUUGAAUCCGCCAGCUGCUCCUUGGAAGCCCUAUGGGGCAGUUCUGCUCUAUCCUGUAGGGUCAGUAUGAGUCAGAAUUGACUUGACAGGAAUGGGCCUUUUUUUUUUUUGGUUUUUCCUUGGGCAAGUCAGCUAAACUGUCUGAGCCUCUCUUCUUUGAUGAGAUUAUUUUAAGGAAUAAAUGAGGUAGGGUAUGUGAAACACCUAGCUUAGUUUCUGGCACCAAGUAGAGGUGCCCCAAGAUAUUGUUGUCAUCAUCAUUGUUAGGUGCCCAAAAUAUUAGUAGAUAAAAACUCUUGUGCUAAGUUUCAAUAUUCAGUCAGCUUUCCUACCUUUCGCUGGUAUAGGGGGUGGAUUAGGAGAGAAUUUUUCUCUGUUCUCCUGGCUAAAUGUGAUAUGCAUUCAAGGCCCAGAACAGGCUGUUUAAAAGGUUGCAAUCAGUGAUUCUGUAAGCCAAAGACUCCUUUGUAUAAAAAAAUAUAUGCACGUAUACACAUUUUAAAUCACGCUGCAAAUUGAGAUUCUGUAGUUUUCUUAAAUUAAGGGCACAUCUAUGCCAAUUCCUGGAAGUUUGAUGUCCCUCUAGCAAUGUGCAAUUCUUGGGAUUUUUUCCUCCUAACAAAUUCAAAACGAGUAAGUUGAAACCUCAAGUGUAUGUUUCAAUUAUUACUGUUUUCCAUUCGGAUAGUGUCUGCUGGGUUCGACCCGGGAAAGAUACACAUUAUGCUUGGACAACAAAGUCAGUUUAAAAUAGUAAUUCAGAGUCACUCAAGCCAUUUGACAAAUAAAUGCAAUUUAAGCAAGGAUUUGCUUAAUUGUUUCAAAGAUGCCCAUGAGCACUACUGAUCAAAGAAAAGCUCAGACUUACCUUUCUCAAGGUUUACUGUAACUGAGAACAAUACCAGUUUGCUUUUAGCCCAACUUCACUUUUGGGUUUUGGCCUUCAACUGACUUGAUAAAGUGUAUAUAUAUUUCUACCUAAAAUUACAAGCAAAUAACCUUGUUACUUUUAUGUUGAAAGGAAGUUAAAUAUUUAAACAGACAUGCAUUUCUCUAAUAUUCAUCACUGUAUGGGGGGUAGUAAAACUGGCUUUUAUAGUAGCUUCAGGCUUUCAGUCAAGUGUUCUUAGUCAUUAUUGAUAAGAACUCAAAUCCAGCUAAAUUUUUUUUAUUAGCAACACUGGUUUGCCUUAUUCAGAAGAAAUUGCACAAUAAAAUUAUCACUUUUUUGUUAUUGUUUAAAAAUAUAUAGUACACUAAGGAUUGUCUGGACACAAGUCAAGGUAAUUUUUUUUUUUAAUAAAUAGCGUAAUGUUACAGACUGCAAAGUUAAAGAAAAGCAGACAUUGACAGUUUGUGAUGAGCACAGACAAUAAGUGCAGUCACAGGCCAGACUUCUUGCUAGGAACAGCAAGACUGGGACGAGGUUAAAUUUAGUGACACGGAUAUUAUUCUGUAUUCUCAAUACAAUAACACAUGCAUCUUGCUGUGUCAAAUACUUUCUGGGGCCAUCAUUGAAAGAACAUUAAAAAACAUUUUUCUUCUAACUAGUGCAAUAUACCACAGGACUUCAAAUAACUGAAUGACAAAAUAGAAAUAGAUUUGCUACCAUUAAAGGGUGGUGGGAGCUCCUUUUGGAAGCUUCCACCGUAAACAUCUGAUGCGUUGGUAGUAUCACCUUCCCCAGGAUAUUAACAGUGCUUAUGGCAUACUCCAGAAGGAUGUAUCAUUUUAGAUUUUAUUCAACCCAAACCUUCCAAGUUCAAGGACUGAUUCACACCGAAUUCAUUAAUUGCAACUGAAACUUAGGUUCCACAGCCCAAAGCAUUUCUAGAAAUUAGAUGAAGGGCAAUCCCUCCACCCACUUUUAGGAACUUAAAUCUGGUAAGGGGCUUUUUCUUAUGAAAUCAAUAGAUGGUGACAUUUGGAAAUUCAUACUACUAUACAGAGUAUAGUCUUAUUAAAGAUUUUAAGAAAAUAUAAAACAGUGAAGGCUUUCUGCCUCCAUGCUAACCCAGGAUUAACAAAGUUAAGAAUUACCUAAAAAUAUACAUAGCCUUUAGCAUAACCACACACUUAUUUUAGUGGCAGAUUAAAUAAGGUUGAGGAUAAAUUCAGAGAUGUUAGUUGGUUUACCAACUGUAGUAGAAACCUUUUCUGUACUUACCAACAUGAAGAACGGAGUCUACUGUUGGUAGUGAAAAUCAGUUACCUAAGUUCACCAAAUGUACAAUGGCCUGAUUUUAAUUCCCCCUUCCUCCCCACUAAAAUUCUUCUAUGUCGUUGUGUGAAAAUUGUCAGAUGUCCUGUGGCUCACACUUGUCCCCUAAGCUAACUAGCACGGCUGGAAUAUUAACAUACCUAAAACCACGCAGAAUGGCCUUGCACUAAUAAAAAGAAAGUGCAAAAUCUUAAUCAAGUGGAAUACUUGGAUGAAAUAAGCUUCUUUAAAGACUAACAUCCCAGCUUGGGAAACUCCUAGUAAAUUCUAAACUCAUCUGAAUUUUAGAAACUCAAUGCUUACACCUUUUAUGAAAGAAGCCUUUGAACUAGGGGAAUAGCAAGCAGUGUGGACACAAAUAGACACAUGUGCACAUAGACAUAUACAAACUGCACUAAUGAUGAAGAAAAGAGAACAAAAUUAAUUUUAAACAUUAAAUUCAAGACCUGGCACCAUGGUCUUUUCCAAAUGCCUGCAGCAAUGAUUAAAUGUUAGCCAAACUAUUUUUUUUCAUGUCUCCAAUGCCAUUAAAAUGCCCCCAUUGCAGUUGACUCAAUUCCAACUCAUAGACAAUUCUGACCUUAUAAAUCUAAAAUACAGUGCUCUGCAAAAUCUUUGUAAUGUCAGAGCACAAUGUACUGAAUUGUGAUUCAUCGACUUUUUUCCCCAUUACCUGAUUUCUUAUCACCUAGAAUCUUCUGAGGUAGAGUUACCAACCCAAUUUUAUCAGAAACAUCGUUGCACUGAGCUAAUCUAAUCCUCUCAGGAAGUGAAAAUAUUUUUUAGGAGAAAAGAAGAAAGGCUUCCCAGGCUAUGGCAAUAAGAUACAUUUAUAAUUUUUAAUGUAUUAAUUAAAAAAUAAAAAUGGCUUUGUGUUUGUAGUUAAAAAACAGCCCAGCUGUAUUGUUUUGCCACCAAGAAUUAUCUGAGGAUCCUGUCAAUGCUGAACUUUAUAGAUCAGCCUUUGAAACCCUGUCCUUGAUGAAGGGUUCAUUUUCUCAUGGUAUGCACAAUGUCUUUAUGCACAAUAUACUCUCAGUUUUCAGCUUCCUCCUAGACAGUGCCCCAUCUGAGCAAGAUGGACGUGAAGAAUGGAACUCAUUCAAACAGCUCCUCCUUGUUCUGCCCCCCUCCCUCCAUAUCCCCCUUCUCAAAAACGUCUGAAGUAUGAAAGUUGUUUUUAAGUAGCAGAAGCACUAUAAUCGAUCAACACCACGAUACUGUCUUUAAACUGAAAUAUUUUAGUGAUGUCUUGGACAUCAAAAUAAACUUUUUAAGGUGGAUUCUCAGUAUGUGGGUCCAGCCCAGCUUUGCAGUUUGUACAGAUACAGAAACCAAAGGAAUUUAUUAUACUCAGAAAAGUUAACAUGCUGGCUUUAAAAUAAUGCUGGAAAUUAAAUUUCUUCAAAGAGUUGGUAAGCAUGGGCUAUUGAUCAGAAUAGGAACUAAGUGGAUUUAAAAAAUCAUUAAGAAACAAACCCAAGUUUAUGUGCUGUGAAAUCUCUAUGGUGCCUUUAAAAUAGGCUACUCAUCAUUUUUUUUUUUAUAAUGCCAAAUCAUUCCAUUUUUGAUGGAAAAAAGAAUACAGAGGUACUGUGUUUUACCUAUGUGAAGAGUCCCCAUUAAAAUAAAAUCCAAGAGGGUGUAUACAUUCCAAUCAAGUCAUCAUUUUCCUGAUGAAUAAAAACUACACUUUACACAAAAUACUUUAUCAGCAGCUGUUUUCAUCAAAAAACCAAUAGUCAGUUUCACAGUUGAAAAAGUUACACAGUAAAAUAUUUUACAAUUCAUUAUAUAUCCACCAGGUUCCCAUUUCCUACUAGGCUUAUAAUAUAAAGCAGAUUAGAAGGGAAAAACCUCAAAGUUGACUACUUUGACACUAAGUUUUACACAGGACACUAAGAACCCCCAAGAAGCUUAGGUGCUAUUGUAAAAUGGCAACCAAAUUUCAUUCUUAAAAAAAUCCAAUUAAAAACAUCUUUUUUAAAAAAACCAAAUUCCACAAUAUGAUUAACAGAUUUCAAAUUAACAGCAGUCUAAAAAUCUUCAAAAUAAAUGUUUUUCUAUAGCUGAGAAUAUGGUGAAAAGUUAAAGCAUGAAUUGCAAACAGGUGAUAUUCCUUGCUAGGAUGUGUUUCAAAUUAUUUUCUUUAAAUCUGCUUUCCUUUUCUUCUCCAAAAUCAUCAUUGAAGGAAAUCUUUCCUAAGCGAUUUAGUGUAAUUUUAGAGCCAACAGUCAGUUAUACCACAAAAGAGGAGGAUGAGCCAUGAACAGACCAGUCCACGGGACUCAUCUCUGAUACGGAAGUACCCGAAGCAGCGAUGUUAUCACCGACUUAGAACAGAUCCUAGUCACCCCUUGUAGCAAUUUUGGGUUCCUUGCUUUCCGUGCCUCUUUUCUUAGCUUUAAUGUUGUUUGCUUAAACUCUGCUUGGAUUUGUUUAAAAUUUACUUAGCUUUUAAAUCACUUAAUCUGUAUACUUUGUAGAAUUUCUCUAUACUUCAAACAGAAUUGACUUGGUUGUUAUAACUCUCAAAAAUAAAUGUAAAUUAUGAAACAUUAUGUGGCUUGUAUUUUAAUGGAGAGGUCCCAGGGGAAACAAAAGCUAUCUGGACUGAUGUGAAAAAUGCAAAAUUGUAUAAAAUUUACGGAAGGAGACUCAAGGCUUUUUUGGCACUCGGGUAAAAAAACACAGGUCUCUGUUAAAUCUUCUGUUUCCACCAUCAACGCUUUAGAUUUGAGCCAUUUCACUGAGUUUUCCUAUAAUCAAUCCCUGAUAUAAAAAAGGCUGGGAUGUUAGUAUAUACUAACUAUAUAUAUCUAAAAGACCAAAAAAAUGUUAAUUAUGAAACUUUUAAUAAGUUAUUAAAUCGUCUGUAUUUGCAAAAGAAUCUUUCUGGUUUCCUGCUUAACUGAGAAACCAAAAACCAAACUGCCUGCCAUCGAGUCAAUUCCGACUCAUAGCGGCCCUAUAAAGCAGAGCUUAAAUUCUUCUGAGCUAUUCCAAGACAGUUUAUAGAAAUAAAUUCCCCUAAACUUCAAAUUUAUUUUUCUUGUUGACAAUAUUAUCUACAUGCUUUAGUGAAGUACCUAAAUCUCCAGUAAUUAUGCCCUUUAAGGGUUCUAAAAGAGCCAAAUAUUAAGAGUAUUUCUAUUAGAGUCCCUGUUCACUGUUCAAGACUUCUACUCUAGGUAACUGAUUUCACAGACGGAGAUUUUAAAAGGGAUGCUGCAUUACUAGAGAAUACAAUGUGUACUCUUUAUAAAGUUGUACUCCACUAAUAUGCGUAAUCUAGAAAACUGUAAAUAAAUUAUUGCACUUUUUUUGGUGUGACACCUGGACAUUUGCUAAGGCUACUUCCUAGGGCAUUAAUCAUUCAUUUCAAAUACUGAGUAAAAUACCAGCUUCUAGAGGGAUGACUACCAUUAGCCCAUACAUCUUGGGUUAACAUUUUUCAAACUGUUUAAAAACGUAUCCUGUGCUCAAAUGCAAUUUAAUAAAGUUGGAGAGUGAGCCCUGACCACUUGGAAAUGGGAUAUGAUCUUAAAAUGCUCUAAGAGCCUACUUUGAUUAUUGAGGUAUGGAUAAAUAACUUAAAAAGGUAAAAAGUGCUUGGUUUCCAUCCCCCCGUAUUAUAAGUAUUAUUCAUGAGCAUACCUCAGUAGAGGGGUUUAAGCCAUCAGGAAGACAGUCUAAAUAGUGUUACUUUUGGUAAUUAAUUUCAUACGAUUGAGCCACUCUCAACUAUAGAAGACGAUGGAGGAUGGGGAAUUAAAGUGGAAACAGAAAUAAAAGGGAAGAGGAGGAAGUUUAAUCUGUUUUUCUUACAGUUAUACACUGGUCAUUGACGUGAAUGGAACAGAGCCUACACCUCACUCACAGACUAACAGUUGAUCAUGGUGUUACGAACAAUCAAAAAUUUGGGGUGCAAAACAAUGCAUGACUAUGGGACAGAUCAUGUAAAUAAAGAAUAUAUAUUAAUGAUAGUUUCUAUAAUAUAAAUAGCCUUUUAUAAAAAAAAUAAUCUUUUUAAUAACAUUAAUACUCGCUUCUAUUUUCUGGAAAACAUGCAUGAAAAGUGAAUUCAGUUCAAUUGCAAAAGGAGGAGGAAAAACAAAAUCAACCGAAGGUGAAUACUGUACAGUUCUGGAGCAAGAGCUGUUCCUGCUCAUUCUGUUUCUGUGAUGAUUUCUUGAUUUACUCGUUUUGUGGGAGCCCAGAAUUUCCCUGGGAAAUAAGAUCAGAUGCUUGUAAAUACUGACCAGAAAAAACUCCCCCAAAACACCUUAGAACUGGUCUCAUUUGUGACUGCUUCCAAAACUUUGCAGGUAAGACCCCAAAUCAUCAAAAGGUUUGAUUUAUUAAAAAGAAAAACUCCCUGGUGAAAUCUCAAGAAUCCCUUCCACCCCAAGCAUUUUUCUUCAUUAUACAAGGAGUCAAAAAGCUCACUUCAAACUAUAAAUCGAACAGCAAUGGAAAAAUAAGAAUUUUUCAUUCUUUUCCAAUUGUAUGUAGUUUAACACCAACCUCCAGUUUACUUGGACCUAAUGUAAUAGCAGACUUUGUUGUGUCCACGUUUCAAAACAGAACAUUUGCAAGACAAAAAAGAACAUCAUUCUUUUUCCUUCUCCAUCAUUUCUAUAUAUUUUGGGGAUUUUUUGUUUUGUUUUGUUUUUUAAAAAAGGAUACAAA